AUGCACACAUUGGAUUUAGCGAAUUUCCCUGUAACAGACACUCUAAAGAUGUUAGCCUCACUACUAGAGAAAAUAACAAACGCCAACGACCAACUAAAAACACAUAAUAAUAGUAACAGCAAUAAUGAAACAAUUUCUAACCAACAACAAGCCGUUACUCCUUUCACGCGAUUUCAUGCACGUUCAGUACCUUCAAUAGAUAUCCAUUCUUAUCUCUCCAGGAUAUUGAAGUACUGCCCAACUUCAAAUGAAUGUUUUCUUUCUUUACUGGUAUAUUUUGAUCGCAUGUCAAAGAAUGCAAUGAAAACAACAGGGAAACCAUUUUCCAUAGAUUCCUUCAACAUACAUCGUUUAAUAAUAGCUGGAGGAUUACCAGUUUCAGAAUUAAAUCAUUUAGAAUUGGAAUUUCUAGUAUUGAAUGAUUUUCGUUUAGCUAUUACAGUUGAAGAAUUACAAAGAUACGGCGACCAGCUACUUAAACAUUGGGUAAUGGAAGAGGAAAUUAACAAAGGUGUGCCAUCUACUGAUGAAACAUCUAGUAGUAGUAAAGGUGGGGGUUCAAAAUCGUUAAAAGAAGAAGAUUCAAUUUACCACCAUCUCAAUAACAAUAGCAAUGGGAGUAAUAAUCAUUUUGGCAGAGGUCAUCGUAGAGAGAGCAGUCAUCCAGCCAAACCGAUAAGCAACACAACUUAUCAAACUACAUUGACUUCUUCACCUCAAAUAUAUUCAUCCUCAUAUUCAUCAAAAACACCACCGCAACCACCUUCUUCUAUAUUAACGAAUUCCCCAUCUUCACCGUCAUCAAUGCUUUCAAAUACAUCAAUAAAUGGAAAUAGUAGCAACAGUAGUAAUAAUAGCAGCCAACAAAUUCCAAUAAAUGGAUCACCUAUGCAUGCGCCAUUUAUAUCAAAUAAUGUGUUUAACACCCAGCCACAUUUUCAUCAUUUACAUAAACAGUAUGCGCAUCAUUCUCAAUCUCAACAUGUACGAUCAAUGAGCCUAGGCUCAACAGUUAAACGUGCAAAUAGUAGUGGUUCAUUGCUUAGUCGUGCUAGAAGUGGUGAUCUUACCGAUGAAUUACAACAAUAUCAUCAACAGAGACACUCUUCUCCAAAACCAAUAAUAAAUCCUGAUGAUCUCGCUUACAGAACUGCUGCCGGUGCUCCUCCGUUUGUUCCCCCGCCACCUUCACUGCAAUCAAAACAGUCUUCUUCAAUGAAUGCUUCUUCAUAUCAAUACGCAACUCCAUCGUCAUCAUCAUAUCCUUUCUCAGGAUAUCCCCCGCCUCCUUCAACACAAUCAUUAACAGGAGGGUUUUCAAUCAAUCCUGCUACCGCAAUUGGAAAUGUCGCACAUUCAGCAGCUGUUGCUGCUUUAAGUUAUGCGCGUAGAGCUUCGCUUGCAUUACCGCCAUUACCACGUCAUAUUGCCGCAUUUCAUACAAGUUCAUUGCCAUCGCCUAUCACAACCACUAACCCUACUACCAAUACUAACGGUAAUAAUAAUAAUGGAACCAUAACCAACACGACGACGGCAAAGAAGAAAAAUAAUAAUAACGAUAUUUUAAAUCCAAAUACAACGAGACGUUGUUCUGUACCUGCUUGGAGUGGAAGCACCCUAUCAAAAGCAACAAAUUCAGUGAUGGUUAACGGUUAUAAUGGUUCAGCAUCAAUACCGGUAGCACCAGAAAUUCCAAGAAGAGGUAGUUGGGUUAUAGUUAAUAAUCCUACAAAUCAAGCAACUCACUAUCACCACGGACAUUAUUCUCAUGGUGGUCAUCAUGAUUUACAUCAUCAUCAUAGAUCAACAACAGGUGAAAUUAUAACUACCACUACCUCUACUACCACCAAUAAUAACAAAUCCACUUCUCCAUCCUCCCCACCCUCCCCACCUUUGCCAUCUUCACCAUCAUCUUUACCUUCUUUCCAUACCACCACCGCUAAAUCAACACCUUCGACAAUAACAGUAAUAACGACUAAAGUCGAUUCUAAUAUUAGCGACAAUAAUGACAACAAACUUAGUAAUAUAAAUGGAAUUACCAGCAUUACAAAUAAAUCAGAUACAGAAAAUCAAUCAAAGAAAAAUUAG